AUGCCAGAUUUCGUCCAUUUCAGAGCUACAGAGAGCAAAGAAAUGGAGAUCUCAAACGUCCCAUUUCAGUACUCAGUAUUAGGAUUCAUCUUACAAAAUUUGAAGGAGUCAGUUCAAUGCAACAGUGAAUUAAUUGGUGGAGUUUCAAAAAGCGUGAAGGGACUCUGCGGUGAUCCUGAUACAUUGAGAGCAUUCAUCAAGGAGUACUACGAGAGGCGGAGCAACAGCCAAAUCUUGGAGAAGUUGGCGAACGAGAUAAGAAACGUGGUUUAUCAAGCCGAGGAUGCAAUUGAAACUUAUAUUGUUUUGGAAUCAAAGCAUAAGGGUCGACGUACAAUUGGUGUAGCGGCCGAUCAUAUUGGUGGUUAUGUUUCUGAUGCUUUGAAUGCCACCAAACAGAUUGAGGAUGUUUGUAGAAAGUUGAAGGAGAUAUAUCAAAUCAAGACGCCGUUGGAUCCUGAUGCCAUGCAAGUUGGUCAGAGUUCCAAAAGGAUUCCAAAGAAGGAAGAGGCUGUCACUGAAGAGGAAGAUAAUGUGGUUGGCCUAGACGAUGAAGCCAAAAAUGUAAUUGAACUUCUUACCGAAGGAUCACAGGAACUAGAGGUUAUCUCAGUCAUUGGCAUGCAUGGUUUAGGAAAGACCACACUAGCUAAAAAGAUUUUAAAUGACCCAACGAUUGAAUUCAAGUUCUAUAGUCGUGCAUUUGUGGAAGUCUCCCAAGAAUUCGAGAGAAGGGAAGUGUUCCUCCAUAUUUUAGGUGCUUUUACCAAGAUCACAGAAGAAAUUAAGGACUUGUCAGAUGACAAAUUAGUUAAAGAACUUCACCGGCAGUUAAAGACAAGGAAGUAUUUGAUUGUCUUAGAUGAUGUCUGGACUCCAGAAGGAUGGGAUCAAUUAAAAGUUGCCUUUCCCAACAAUGACAAGCAAAGCAGAAUAUUAAUUACUAGUCACAAUGAACCUGUGGCCUUUCAUGCUAAUCCAAGUUGUGAUCCUCAUUACUUGCGCUGUUUGGAUUUAGAAGACAGUAGAGAGUUGCUAAGAAAGAAAGUUUUUGGAAAGAGUGACUGCCCAGGAGAGUUGGAGAAGCUUGAACUAAGUAUCCUGCUGAAAUGCGAUGGAUUGCCUCUAGCAAUAGUGAUACUUGCAGGUGUUCUCUUGAAUUAUAGAGACAGAACUGAUUGGUGGAAAAAAGUUACUGAAGAUUUAGAUCAUUUUGUUGCUAAACAUCCAGAACAAAGCCACGGAGUAAUAAGAUUAAGUUACGAACACUUACCUCCUCACCUGAAGCCAUGUUUCCUCUAUCUUGGGGUCUUCCGUGAAGACAUUGGCAUCCCAGUUUGGAAGCUGUUGCAAUUGUGGAUUGCAGAAGGAUUCGUACAGAAAGAUCAUGCUAUAAGCUUGGAGGAAAAAGCAGAGGCUUACUUAGACGACCUGGUGAGCAGGAAUUUGGUAAUGGUGGGUCAGAGGGGAUCCAGUGGUCGAAUCAAAACAUGUCGUAUACAUGACAGUUUGCGGGACUUCUGCAGAAGGGAGGCGAUGAAAGAAAAUCUGUUUCAGGAAGUUGAAAGGUAUGAUCAAUCUACCUUUUCAACAGAGCACACUUCCUUGGAUAAUGCCUGCCGCCUUUGCAUGAAUUUCCAUCUUUUGGAUGGUAUUGAAAACCUAUCUGGUAUACGUGUUCGCUCUUUUUUGAGUUUUGCCAAGAAAGAGACUAAGCUACUUCCAGAACAUAUCUCGUGCAUCCCUAGAGCCUUCAAAUUACUCAGAGUGUUAGAUGUUAGACCAAUCAUAUUUACUCGUUUUCCUGGUGAGCUAGUCUACUUGGUUCUCUUGAGAUAUAUUGCUCUCUCUUCUAGAUGCAAGAUCCUUCCAGAGAAAAUGUCUAACCUACAAAUCUUGCGAACUGUUAUAUUUGAAACAUCAUGGCCUACCCUUGAGAUCAAGGCAGACAUAUGGAAGAUGCCACAACUAAGGCAUCUAAUCACCAACACUUCUGCAUGUUUACCUUUGCCACUUGCAAAAAUCCACAAGGGUGAACCCUCCAUAAGUGCAAAUCUACAAACCCUUUCAUCAAUCUCACCAGAGAGUUGCAAAAGGGAUGUAUUUGAGAGGGUUCCUAAACUCAAGAAAUUGGGUAUAUGUGGGAGAUUGGCAUCAUUUAUGCAGGGCAACAAUGAAUCCAGCUUAUUCGACAGUUUCUCCAAGUUAGAGUUCUUGGAAAAUCUGAAACUAAUCAAUGCUGAUUUCAACUCUAAACUACAUUUCCUUCCUCAUGAAAGCAAGUUCCCAAGGAGUCUAACAAGGUUGACUUUGUUAAAUACCAUGCUUGAUUGGAAACACAUGUCAAUACUGGGAAAGUUGGAGAAUCUUGAGGUGCUCAAAUUGAAGGACAACGCAUUUGAGGGAGAGAGAUGGCAAACAGAAGAAGGUGGUUUUCUUCGCCUUCAAGUUUUGAAUAUUGGCAGCACUAGCUUGGUAACUUGGAAUGCUUCAGCAAGCGAUUUUCCAAGACUGAGAUGCCUGGUUCUUAUGCACUGCAGUAAGCUCGAGGCCAUACCACAUGGGCUUGCGCAAAUAGCCAGCCUCCAAGCAGUUGAAGUAUAUUGCACCAGUAAUGCGGCAGCUUCUUCCGCUAAGAAGAUUCAGGCGGUGAAACUAGAAUCGCAAUCACAGCAACCAAACACUGGUACCAAAAGUCGCGGAUUUAAGCUCUCUGUUUACCCUCCGGAAGAGUGAUCUUUCAUGACAGGCAUCAUUAACAUUUCCAGUAUUUGCAAGGCUGCCUGGAAUAUUUUUCAGUCGUCAGUAUUUUCUAGUACACUAGUUGGUUUGCUCAAUUUUAAACAUGAUUUUGUUGCAACAAGGAUCGGUCCAUUGGAUUUCUAUUGGGGUUAAGACGCCUGCUAGACUUGACAAGGUAGCAACUCUAUUCACUAUUCACAGGAUAGAUCCCGUCCUUCUACAACAAUUGCAGUGGACUUUGGGAUUUCGAAAGAUGUACGUGCAAAGCUCUAUCCCGAGAAUAUGUUCCAUCGAGGGAUGGGUUGCGAAAGGUUUAUGUGUAAAGCCUAGUCAGUGUAUUGUGUGACGGUUUGUUGGUGUAAAAGACUUAAACUCUUGUCCUGU